AUGAGUUCCCUGCAACAUGUGAAUCCCAGGGUGAGGGGGAUCAGAGUCUCACCACACUGUGGACUGCAGAGUCUGGCUGCACAUAUUACACAAGAGAUAACACAGGGAGUGCAGAAACCCUUCAAAGAAGUGAUAGAUGUCUGCUCAGGUGACCCCCACAAAGAAGGAAUCAAACCCAUGUCAUUUGUUCGCCAGGUCUUGGCAGUAUGUCUGUACCCUCAGCUGUUGAAAAGCAAAACUCUUCCUCUGGAUGUCAUCCUGAGGGCUCAGAAGCUCCUGGAGGUCUGCGAUGGAGGAAGUGUGGGUUCCUAUACAGCUUCCUCUGGCUUGUCUCAUGUCAAGCAAAGCAUCGCUGAGUUCAUCACGAGACGAGACGCUGGAGUGCCUUCCUAUGCCAAAGACAUCUUCAUUUCUGCUGGUUCUCAAAGGGCCUUGAGGGUGGUUGUGAAGCUCAUAGCCAGUGGGGAGGGGGAGACUCAGACAGGUGUGUUGACCCCCAUGCCCUGCCCACACACCCUGCCCACACUGUUGGAUGAGGCUGGGGUGAAACUGGUACCGUACCAGCUGAUGGAGGACCAAGGCUGGGCUGUAGACCUAGGUGAGCUGCACCGAGCUCUGAAGACUGCUAGGGGGUGCUGCAAGCCCAGAGCCAUUUACAUCAGCAACCCAGGAAACCCCUCAGGUCAUGUGCAGGACAGGAAAUCAAUAAAGGAAGUGAUUCAUUUUGCAGCAGCUGAGAGACUCUUACUGUUGGUUGAUGAGGUGUACCAGGACAGCGUGUAUGGACAGGGCACAGAGUUUAUUUCCUAUAAGAAAGUCCUGUUUGAGAUGGAAGAGUAUUCAGAGACAGUGCAGUUGGCCUCCUUCCACUCUCUAUCUAACGCCUGCAUGGGAGAGUGCGGUCUGAGGGCAGGAUACAUGGAGCUGGUCAAUGUGGACCCAGAGGUGGCACAUUUUGUUGAUAAUGUGCUGUGUGGUGAUAUCAGUACUCCAGUCACAGGACAGCUUGCUCUGGAUGUCAUGGUCAACCCACCAAAACCUGGAGACCCUUCCUAUGACACAUACACACAGGAGAUUCUACUCACUCGUGUCACUUUGUCCCAGAAUGCACAGCGGGCUCAGGAGUUCCUGAAUGAUCUACCAGGGAUGAGCUGUCAGCCAGUGAUGGGGGGAAUCUACCUUUAUCCUCGCCUGCAUCCACCAUCUGAGAUUAUAGAGCAGGCAGAGAUAUUAGAGGUGGAGGCAGAUGUUCUGUACUGUCAGAGGUUACUGGAGGAAGAAGGUGUGUUUGUAGGAGCAGGAUGUCAGUAUGGUGAAACUACUGGCAACUAUCAUCUAAGGUUAUGUGUCCUUGUUCCUCCUGACACCCUGCAGGAGGUCCUGGCUCGCCUCGGUUCCUUUCACCUUCGCCUCUUGGAUGCACUUCCUCACCCUGAAAGAGGCGUGAAGGACAGAGACAUGGGGGAAAAUAACCCAUUGACCCAACAUGUAGCCCUCUGUUAAAAAGGACAGAUCCUUAAAGUG